AUGUUUGACCCCGUCCACGUGGAUACGGAGUGUACACUCUCUCAAAACGCUACAGUUUUGGUUCUUGAACGCGGUGGCUCGCCUUACGAUAACUCGACGACAACUGAUAUCGGAAACUUUGCCACAACACUCUCAAACACAUCUAAAUCGUGGUCGCAGCUUUUCGUAUCCGAAGACGGCGUCUACAACACACGUGCGCGCGUCCUCGGUGGAGGCUCGGUGCUAAACGCUGGAUUCUACACGCGUGCGGGGGAUGACUACGUGAAGGAGGCCGACUGGAUGAGCGAUGAAGUGGAAGCUGCUUACGGGUGGGUCGAGAAGAAAGUAGCGUUUAAACCUCCGAUGUUGGGAUGGCAAACCGCGUUGAAGGACGGGCUUUUGGAGGUUGGAGAGUUUCCUUACAACGGUUUCACGUACGAUCAUAUCAACGGGACCAAGAUCGGUGGUACAAUCUUUGAUGAUGCCGGUCAAAGACAUACGGCGGCGAACCUGUUGGAGUAUUCUAAUCCGAACAGCAUUGCUGUCUAUUUGCAUGCUACUGUUCACAAGAUCCUCUUCACCACCAAAGGAAGGCCAAGGCCAAAAGCAUACGGAGUGAUAUUUCAAGACGCAAAUGGACUGUUACACAAAGCUGAGCUGGCGAAAAACGCAAUGAACGAGGUGAUUUUGUCGGCGGGUGCCAUUGGGAGCCCGCAGCUGCUGAUGCUUAGCGGCGUGGGUCCUAUGGCUCAUCUUGUGGCUCACGGGAUUAAACCGGUGGUCUUAGACCAUCCAAUGGUCGGGCAAGGGAUGGGAGAUAAUCCGAUGAAUGCCAUCUUUAUUCCUUCUCCUACUCCCGUAGAAGUUUCUCUAAUACAAGUCGUUGGGAUCACAAAGUUUGAUAGCUACAUCGAAGGAGCUAGUGGUGUAAUCCUCUCUUAUAGUUGGACUCGUAAUUUUUUCGAUGGCGUUUUGAAUUAUUUUAACGAGAUGCAGACAAGCCGUACUACCACUUCCACAUCACUCUCGACUCAGUCCAUCACCGACUUUUUCAAAUCCAUAAAUCCAUUAUUAAAUGCAACCAUAAAAGCUGGUUUAAUCCUCCAGAAAGUGGCGGGACCAGUCUCUAGAGGUCACUUGGAGCUAAGGAACAUAAACCCAAAUGAUAAUCCUUCAGUGAGAUUUAAUUACUAUCAGGAGCCAGAGGAUCUAGAGAAAUGUGUUGAAGGGAUUGCAACUAUCAUUAAAGUGAUUAACUCGAAGGCAUUUUCCAAAUUCAAGUACCCGGAAGCGACCAUACAUGGCUUGCUCGAUAUAAUACGGAGCGUUCCAACUAAUCUGAGACCGAGGCAUGUAACCUCGGUGCUUAAUUUAAAACAGUUUUGCAUCGACACUGUGAUGACUAUUUGGCAUUACCACGGAGGUUGCCAAGUUGGAAGAGUGGUAGACAAGAAUUACAAAGUUUUAGGUAUUGAUGGUUUAAGGGUUAUCGAUGGAUCAACAUUUCUCAACUCUCCGGGGACGAAUCCUCAAGCUACGAUUAUGAUGCUUGGAAGGUAUAUGGGACAAAAGAUUCUUCGAGAGAGGGAGGUUUUCCGCAAAAGGAACGAAGAAACAUGA